UAUACCUCGCUAGCCGCCGUGUCAGUUACUAAGAAGUGGGUGGGGAAGGCUGUGGCCGACGACACCGUGGAUCGACAACGAGAUUCCCGUGAGGCUCGCAGGGGUGCAUCCCGCCUGACUCGGACAUCGUCUCCGCGGACUGUUAGGAGGCGGAAACGACGCCGGCGGCAGGUAAAGAAACAGGUAAAGAAACAAAAACAGAAAGAAGUCAAAGAAUCAUUCCCAGGGUCAAAGAUCAAGGAGAUGAUUUCUUCAGGAAUCUACAAAAUGGACAAUGGCAAACCAUACUUGAGCAACUGCUUUCCAGCCAAAAGUCUGCUUCGGAUGCCAGAGGAAGGCCGAGGACAUUGGCUGGUGGCUCGGAAAGGUAACAUCAAGAAGGAUGUGGCUAAGGCACCCAGAGAAGGUCGGAAAAACCCAAAGAAGGUUUCUUUUGAUACUGGGCUGAAGAAAGUGUCUCGGUGGGAUAGCCAAGUGGACAUUCUUGGACACAUCCUGGACCGGGCUUUUCUGCUGAAGCACCACUGUGUGAAAAAGCCAGCAGACCUUUGCACCAUCGAUGUGAGCGGCAUGAAGCUCUCCAAGGCAAAGGAAAAGGACUUCAAACACUUUACUUCUGUGAUUUAUAUAAAUGCCUCUGAAAACCUGCUGCCUCUAGAUGCAUUCCACACAUUUCCAGCCUUAAAGGAACUGGAGCUUGCAUUCAAUAGCAUCGAGUCAGUCUAUGUGAAAUAUGGAGACUUCAAGACAUUGGAAUUCUUGGACCUCUCCUUCAACAGCCUGACUGAGGAGGCCAUCUGUGACCUAGGGAUUCUGCCACGCCUUCGUGUGCUGCUCCUCACAGGCAAUGGGCUCACCUCUCUGCCACCCAACAUGGCUGUCACAGAGCAGGAGGCAUCUGUGACGCCGCUGACAAGCAAGAAGUACAUCCUGAGGUUCCCUGCACUGGAAACCCUGAUGCUGGAUGACAACAAACUGUCCAAUCCCAACUGCUUUGCCAGCUUGGCUGGGUUCAGGAGACUGAAGAAGUUAAGCCUGGACCAAAACAAGAUUUUCCAGAUCCCAUACCUACAGCAGGUUCAGCUCCGUGAUGGAUCAGGCCACUGGGCUGGUGAUGGGGCAGGUCCCCAGAAAGAGCUGCAGCCCUGCAUGUGGAUGUUUGAGGCCCCUGAGGAGCGACCGAAUUAUACUGUACUGCCCAUGAAAAAGGAUGUCAACCGCACAGAGGUUGUGUUCUCAUCUUACCCUGGAUUUUCAACCUCAGAGACAACCAAGGUAUGUUCACUUCCUCCCAUAUUCGAGAUUCUUCCUGUGAAGUCACUGAAGGCAAGGAACCAGACGCUGGCCCCACCCUUCCCAGAGCUGAGAUACCUUAGCCUGGCCUACAACAAGAUUGCAAAGGAAGAUGCUGUUCUACCAGCAGCUCUUUUCCCCUCUCUCUGUGAGCUCAUCUUCCACAACAACCCUCUGGUGGUCCACACACGAGGGAUCCCUCCACUGCUAAAGAGCUUCCUCCAGGAGCAUCUGGGGAUCCAUUUAAUUCGAAAGAAACCAGUAAAAGCUAAGCAUCAUAUUUUGAUGCCUCGGAAGGAAUCCCGGAAGGUGAAAACUCACAUCCCCAAGGUCAGGAAGAAAUUUCUGAUGCCCCAUCACCUGAGCAUGACCACAGAUGAGCCUCCCCCAAGGGAGAUGCCAGAGCCAGAGCCAGGGGCUGAGGAGCUGACCCCUGCUGAAAGCACCUCUCAUGAGGCACUGUUGAACACGGAGGGCCCAGAAGGCCCUACCCCAUCUCACCAGACCUUCAUGCCAGUGCCUCCCAUCUGCACUGACUCCACGGUGCACAGUGAGGAGACCACAUCCUGUCCAAGUGACAUAGCUGGCAUCUUCAGCCCAGAGCACCCAUCAGAUGAAGAUAUCAAGAGCGUGGAGUCCAUCUUCCUGACCCAGGUGAAUGAGCUGCCACCCUCCACUAUCCACACGGAAGAGUUAGAGGUGAAGGAGAAGAACCAAAGGAGGCCUCUGACAGUACCCAGAGAGGCAAAGAGGACUCCAAGGAAGCAGCCAUCAGCCGCCACUGCCAGCAAGUACCAGGGCUAUGAGGAGCUGCUCACAACCAAGCCUGAUCCCACUUUUGUGGAGCCAAAGGGCAUCCAGAAGAAUACACACGCCUUGCAUCACAUGCUGAAGCAGCCUCUCCUCUACCGCUCCUCCAAGCCCAGGCUGGACACGUUCCAAAAACCCUAUGUCCCCAAGGAGAAGUGGACCCGGAGGAUUCCCGUUCCACCCCCAAGGAAGACGCGAGCGCAGCUUCUGGAUGACAUCCUUAUUAGCAUGCGGGACGCUCGGAAUGUUACUGAGGCCCCUCUGGGGGCAGUGCUGCGCAGGCGCACGGAGCAGGGCCUGGUGAACCAGAAGCAGUACCUGGAGGCCAAGCGGCUGCUCAAGGAGUUCCGUGCGCGCUACCGGCAGCUGGUGCACAGCACCCUGAGGACCGUGUUCUGGGUCGGUCCGCCGCCGCCGCCAAGGCCGCCCACCCGCCGCGCGCUGAGCGGCGGCCGGCCCAAGUUGGGCCGCUUCCUCGAGUUCAUGGACGAGUUCUGCCAGGAUCCCAACGCCAGCGACUCAAAAGAGUAGAGCUGUGCACCCGUUGGCCGCCCUCGCUGAGGGCUCUGCGUCCUUGACCUUGACCAGCACUGGACAGCAGGGACUUAAGCUCCACCCGCUCAGCGGUUAGCGUGGGGAGGUCAGCAGGACCUUCCCUCGCCAGGCCGGGCCGGGUCGGGCCGGACCUGGUGACUGGCCCAGUAGCAAUAAAGAGUGGUGCGCAGAGCAAUCCAGUGGGUACCAGGCAUUAUUUCUUGGAAGCUGGGCAAGGGCCACAGUGGUCCGUGCAUCCUUAGAGAGCUGUGAGAAACUACUGGAGUCACAGAGCUGUGCUAGGACAGAAGCGAGGGUGAGGGGCCAGGGAAGCAGCACAGAAGCCUCAGAGGCAGGGAGCAAAACCAAGGACCAGAGGUCACAGAGGUGUGGUGUUUCCUGUGAGGCUGCUAUUCUCACUUUGACGGUGGAGAAGAUGAAGUGUUCCCUUUAAGGUGGCCUGGGUCAUAGAUGGGACUGGCAGAAGGGCAGGCUUAGUUUUCCAGUCCUUCAAUCCGGGACACAAACUGAAGGCAACUGAAGGCAAGAGUG